AUGGCGUGCUCAUCCAGUGGGCAGGAGACCCAAAGCCUUGUUCAGGCUUCUCCAAAUCCAGACAGGUAUGUGCAGUGCUUUGGAAAGCCGCAGGGCACAGUGGCCAGGGUUCACAUUGGCCAAGUCAUCAUGUCCAUCCACACCAAGCUGCAGAACGAGGAGCAUGUGAUUGAGGCCCUGUGCAGGGCUAAGUUCAAGUUCCCUGGCUGCCAGAAGAUCCACCUCUCAAAGAAGUGGGGCUUUACCAAGUUUAAUGUGGAUGAAUCUGAAGACAUGGUCAUUGAGAAGCAGCUCAUCCCAGAUGGUUGUGGGAUUAACUACAUCCCCAACCGUGUCCCCCUGGACAAGAGGCGGGCCCUGCUCUCCUGA